AUGGUGCAGUGCCGAGCGAAGAUAAAGGAGCUGAGGCAGGCACACCAGAAGAGCCUUGAGGAUAUUUCGGCGAGGCUGGAGGUGGCGGUCAGUGGACCUAACCCCAAGGACAAAGUCGUAUACAAGGAGGUGGAGUUGGACGAUGAUGCGGAGCCCAUGGCAGGGUUGUCUGGUGCGGCAGUGAGUCAGGAACUGUUCUCCAGUCCGGAGGUGUCUAUCCAGUCCCAGCAGCCCCACUCCAGUGAGGAAGAAGCAGGAGAGGAGACCCCUGAUGUGGCCUACAGGGGAAACCCCUACACACUGGCGGAGCACCUCCGCCAGAUAAGGAAGAAUAGCAAGGAGGACAUGUUCCAAGAGGUGCUCGAAUCUUCUGAGGCAGAAAAAAAGAGACUGCAGGGAGUGGAGAGAAAUGGAAAGCCUCUGCCCUUCAGCCACAUCACCCCCCUGCUCAGCGCCCGCAAGGCCAAUCAGCGGGACUGGAGCCGCCCACGGAUCGAAGUGCGUCUGAAGAGUCACAAUCAGGUUGAUCCAGUGAUAGACACGGCCACGGCCCUGAGGGGACCCCGCCCUGUGCUCCUGCUGUCCCACAUCCUGCUGUCUGGUUCCUUGGGCCUGAUUGGGGAACGUGACGGGUACACACAGUUCAAGAGGCAGCACAUUGAUUACCCUAAGACCAAUGCCCCCGACAACCAGAACUAUUGCAACUACAUGAUGAAAAAACGCAACAUAAACAAAGAUGCCCCCAAGUGCAAACGCAUCAACACCUUCAUCCACGCCUGUGAACAAGAGAUCCAAGCCAUCUGCUGCUGUGAAAGGAUAAGCAACAACAGCAACAUCUACCAGAGUACGGCAAUCUUCAACCUCACCAUAUGCCAGCUGAAUUCUACAAACGGCCACAGGCCCUGUACAUACGAGAAACAAGAAAAGACUUCCAAGAUCCGCGUGGCUUGUAACGAAGAGCACCUGCCCGUGCACUUCGAAAAAUCUAUGCAAGCAACUUCUAUGUCUCUAGAGAAGAUCCAAACCCAACUGGGUCACACCUCGACUGGGCUGCCCCGCCCCCACAAGGAGCGCAAGCAGGGAGCGGCUCUGAAACCUCAGGUGGGGACAGAGAGCUAAGCACAAGGGGGGACAAACAACAGAAUCAAACCUGUAUGGCCCCCGCCAGCACAAGCGACCUGCCCCAACGGGGAAC